AAUUUAGAGAACUGAGUGGUGAUAAUAGUGAUAGUAGAAGUGGAGAAAUAAAUAAUGAUGAUAAUAGUGAAAGUGUUGCUACGUUACCUCCAGUCAUCAGAAUUGCAAGCGCUGAAUUAUCUAUCUGA